AUGACCGCCUACCGCCUCAACCUGCGCGUCUUCUGGCCGCUGGUGACCUGCGGCUGCACGGCGCUGCUGGGCCUCUGGCCGGCGCUGAGGAUUAAGGCUGGCGCGGCCUGGGAUGGCGCCCCCGCGGCGCUGCUGCGUGGCGCACUGCUGGCGCUGGUGCUGCUGGCCUGCUUGGCGCUGCGCUGCCGCCCUCCCCGUCGCCGCAGCCCGCCGAGCCCGCAACAGGAGAGCCCCGUGGGGGAGCCCCGGGCCGGGCAGGAGCCUCGCCGCCGCCGCCGGGCCCUGCUGGAGGACUUCUACGAGCGCCAACUGCGCCUCUCGCCCCACGUGCUGGGCCACAGCAAAGCGCACGUCAGCCUGGUGGUUGGAGAGCUGGUGCGCGCCGGCAAGGCGGCCGGCCGGCUGGCCCUGCGCGGGGACUUCGUGCAAGUGGGCAGCGCCUACGAGCAACACAAGGUGCGCAGCCCCGACGCCUUCGACGUGCUGGUGCCCCUGCGCCUGCCGCCCGGCCUGGCUGUGCGGGUGGAGCCGCGCUCGGCUGGCAGGCGGGGGGCCUUCGUGUGCGCCCUGCAGGUGGCGGCGCCUGGCGGGCUGAGCGAGGCGCUGUGCGUCGAGGAAGAGGGGGGCGGGCGCCACCUGUCUGCCGCCCUGCUGCUGCGCUGGUUCCAAGGCCACGUGCAGCGCUGCCUGGGCCCCGUGCGCUCCCGCCUGCAAGAGCGCGUCCGGGUCACCCUGGCCGUCGGGCCCGGGCGCCCCCUGGCUCUGCACGUCGUGCCGCGCUCCGACUACGUCUGCUGCCACCUCUCGCUGACCGUCCGCCUCGUCCCGGCUGUCCCCUUUGGAGAGACCCUCUUCCUCACCGCCCGGCCUACUUCCCCGGGCAAGCUGCCUGCCUUCUGGACCCUCGACGUGUCCAAGCUGGAGCAGCGCCUGCUCGCCUGGCUCAAGGAGCAGAGCCCCGCCGACUCCUGCCAUCUUCGGGGCCUGCAGAUCCUCAAGGGCCUACGCGACCUGGGGGGCCGGGAUCUGGAACAACCCCUGGCUUCCCAGUGGGGCCGCGUCCUCUCCUCCUAUGUCCUCAAGACGGCCAUCUUUGUCCUCCUCCUGCGGGGACCCUUGGAGGCCUGGGCCGACCAGUUCUUGGUGGAGAGGCUGGAGGACUUGAUCCUCUUCCUGGCCCAGAGCCUGCGGAGGCGCCUCUUGCGGCACGUCUUCCUGGGCAACCCGGCCCUCCCCGAAGCUGUCAGCCUCCCCAAGUUUGUCAAGGAAGCGGCUCCAGUCAAUCUGCUGGCUGACUUUGAGGGGCCCACCUUAGACAAGGUGGCCGCCCAUCUCCUGAAUACCUGGCAACAUGCGCCUCAAAUCAUCAGCAUGUACAGCGGCCACAGGUACAGGAGGACUCAUCCGGUCUGAAACCGUGGCCUGGACUCUUGGGUACAACUGAAUAGAAGCCCGUAGCUUUAUUUGAAAGAAUAAUGUUCAUAUAUAGAAGAGCUCUCACAUUCACAUAGUUGACCUUCUGUGGGUUUGUUGUACCUGUUCUAAUCUGUUCUUAAUCCUACAUAGUUUACAUAUCAGAAGAGUAGUUUCAAAAAUAUACUCUUUAGAAGAUGAAUGCACUUCUUUGGAGCAAGGAUUACAUGGGAAGAGGCAAUCUUUGUUCUCCCACCCAGGAGGAAAUGCUUCUUCCCAGGUGUGAUUUGUCAUGUGUUGCUUUUGCACUGUUUCCAUCCAUUUGUGUAAAAGUCAAGAAUAGUUCCAAAGGAAGAAAGAGACAUUUGUUUUGCAACUGCAGUAAGCGCAAGAGGCACGCCUUGUUCUCUCUCUCUCUCUCUCUCUCUCUCUCUCAGAGAAUGCCUCUUUUCAGCAGCAGUCCGCCAUAUUUUUAUAAGUUAAAAAUGGAUUUUUGUGGGAAUCCAGUCUCAGGGCAUCUUCCUCGUUGAUCAGAAUGGUUUUUGUCAAUUUAUUUCAUCCAGUUGAUUAACCUGUGGGAAGCUGUGGCCUUAACCAUCAUAAGUUUGUACCUUCAUAUGUGCUUUCUGCUUGGAUAUUUCUUGUCUGAUAAGUGGUCUCAUGAAGGUAU